AUGUACGUAUUACUUCUCCUCGUAUUCUUGCCCUUCACUUUUGGUUCAUAUUGUAGCCAGUCCGCCAUCCCCUUUACUUUCCAGGUUUUCGGAGGAUAGUUUCUUUCUUCAACUUUCCUAUUAGGUUCUGCGGUCAGGACACCCAGUUCUCGGCUGCGCAAGGCCAAAGUGUUUCGGAUGGAAUGCUAAUGGUACCAGAGCCGGCGACAGCGCUCAGUUCUACCAUGUUGCCGGAAAAGAAGAUGGGUACAUGCGCAAAGGCGAUCAGCGUCUGACGACUGUCAGCAGUGAUCCUAACUUCACCCCUCAAACCGCGGUGAGUUCCAUUUUUUUUCUUAAUUUUUUUUUACAUCAUACUCAAAAGAAUGACAAGAAAUAUGCCAAAAAAUUGUACCACGAAAAAUCCUUUUCGAAGUUUAAAGAACUCUUCAAUUUCUUUCUUUUCCUUCUUCCUUCGUACCGCUUGAGCGGCGUCGGCGCCCCAAGUCGAUUAGACGUGGUCCUAUCCUGAUGCCAAUGAUAAUCACUGGACUGACCCGUCCUUGUGUGUGACGGCUGGGAAUUUUGAAAUCGUGAUUUCCAACUGCCAAAAUUUCUCUACGCCUUGGUUGUGUCGAGGGGAUCGAACUUGUGACUUUGUGGACCGUAGACAGGCUCACAACCUGUUGCCUUAACCCUCCAAUUUCUUUAUAGUGACCAAAAAUUUUCAGAAAGAGUAGACGUUGCGUAUCAAGAAAACACAUCAUUUUAUCCAUACUUCAGGUUUGCUCGGAAAAUUUCAAAUCAAGCAGCUGCAAGGAUGGAGAGUGGAUCGGUGGACUUUCUCCACAAAUCGAUGCUAGUUCAGCUACUCUCCAAGUAAUCCUUUCGGUUUUUUGCACUAAAAACCAUUUGAUUUCCAGAUGAAAUGCUGCAGCUACCAACCUUUGGUGGACGCUCAAGAUAGAGGCGUGGCAACUGUGAAACAGGUUAGAUUCAGAGAGACGAAUCCCGUUCAUGAACAAGGGUUGAAGGGGCAACUCGUGAUUGGAGGAGAAGUUGUGGAAGAUGGCAAAGUUGUGGCUUUCGACUACGUCUCCAACUUGAGCAAAGAAGUCAGCUCGAAUGGAAGGUGAAGAAUUUGGAAGAAGCCGUUUUGAAGUUCGUUUUUCAGCAUAACUUAUUAUGUUUCAAUCCGCAGAAUGGCCUGCGCCGAAAGUUUCGCUUCAACUAUGGGUUUGUCUAUUUUAAGAACAUAAUCUAAUUUUUCAAAUUUUCAGAUCAUCAAACUGCCCAAGUCCAACAGGCAGCCGUAGCACAAGCUCAAGAACAAGUUGUAAGUCAUUUUUAAAGGAAGUUAAAUUAUAGAAGAUUCAGCUACAAACGGCGCAACAACAGACUAUCCCUCAACCUCAGCCUCAGCCGCAACCUCAGCCUCAACCUCAACCUCAGCCUCAACCUCAACCCCCACAGCAACUAAAUUUGCAACCGCCACCCCAAGCACAAUCUCAGCUCCCACAGUUCGGACAGCAGCCUCAACUUCAGCCUCAACAAGCAGUCCCUCAGCAAUAUCCUUAUCAACUUAACCAACAAUACCAGCAGGUCAGAAAUUGAUAUCAGAAUCAGAAAAAUCCGAGCGGUUGUUGGGUAGAGAGAAAUGUUUCAAAUGACAUUUUUAAAAAUUCUUGAAUCUUCACUGUUAUCUAAGAAUUUUUUUUGCGGCUUAUCUGACCUGAAAAAUUUAGCGAUAUCCCGGAAAGAUUAAUUGAUUCAAACGGAAAUCUUUUGAAAUCCGGUGAAUGGUCUAUCGAUGAAAAAAAAACUCAUUUCUCCCCCUCAUUUUAUUCAAAUCUUACCCCAUUUAUAGAAUCAAAAAUAAAUUUCACUCACUGGAACUUAAAAAAAAGGAAAGAUCGUCUGAACUUUUCUUUCAAGUAGUUUUUGAUUUAUUUUCAAACAACGGUAGCCAUUAGAAACUAUUGACUUAUUAACCAACAUCAAAAUGGACAUCAAAUAUCAAAUACUAAACUUUCUCAUUUCAGAACACACCCUAUGGCCAAUUUGGUCAGACCGGCUAUGGAUUGUACCAAGGCGCGCAGCCGAACUUCCCGCAACAGCUUCCGAUCCAACCUCUCCCGGGCGCUAUCCCAUUCCAACCGUUGCCUCAACAGCCGCAACAACAGUUCCCAGGCCAAGGAGUCUACUAUAACGGGCAAUCUGUUCCGCAACCUCAGUACAUCAACUCCGGGUUCAGCCAGCCACAGGUUCCAGCUCCAGCUUCUCCUCUGGGAUUCGGCUUGCCUCAGCAAAACCUUCCUUUCGCUCAACAAAACGCCCAACCCAACUUCCAGUCUCCUCCAGCUCAAACUCAACUCCAGCCUCAGCCUAACCUUUUGAUGCCGCAAUUCCCGCCUCCACCGCCAGGGGCCAUGCCAAAGAUGGAAGAUCUGCCAAAACUUCAAAUUCCAAGUGUUGAAGACGUCGAACAAGUCAUUCCGCCCGUGCAACGAGCCAUUCUCACCAGCGUCGCCAAGUUCUUCGGUGUCUUAUAG